AUGCUCAGGUUAAUUCAUCCGUUCAGUUGUUGUAAAGUAACUAGAAAACGUGCCGGAGGCAAUGAGGAACUUGUAGGUUUUGGUGAUUUUGAGGAAUAUUUAUUAUUUUUUUUGGAUUUGAAGAUUGAUUCGGUCAAUAAGUAACGAGAAAAACUUAAUUUAAGCCUAUUUUAAUUUUUUUGGAUAAGUUUUUGAGGAAACUGGCUUAAAGAUUAAGGAUGUUAGGCAUGAGAAACAGGCCGUGUCUAAGCCUGGAAAACACCUGGCUGGAUAUCAAAGUCAGGCCUGACCCAAAAAGAUCAAAAGUGCCGCUUAUACCUAUUUUUCAUGCCUUAAAGGGAUGCUUUGUGAUUUCUUUGGCAUUCUUUACUAAUUUCUUACUUUUCAAGACAAAUUUUAUUCCUAUAGCCCCUAUAUGACAUAAUGUUUUUAUUUUUCAGCCAAAACCUUCAGAAGACCACGAACAAGCGAAGAAGGACCUAGAAACCAAAGUGGCCCAGUACGAAGCCGAGCUGAUCUCGCUGAAAUCGGAUGUUGAACAAAAAUCCAAACAACAUCAAGCUCUGACGAAACAGCUACAAGACAAAGUCGCAGAAUUAGAAGAAGAAGUCCGAAUCCAAGAGAAUGAGAACCUCAGAAACGAAGCUAAUGCUGACGAUAGUCAACUACAUCUUCAAGAAGUCCGAGCUGAAUUGGCAAAGCAAGAACAGCUGAAGAAAGAAGCGGAAAAAGCAUUGGAAGCAAAGGAAGAAGCCAUAAAACAAAAGGAUAACGUGAUAAAGGAGAAGGAAAUGGCAUUGGAAAGUUUGAAGGAGGGUCUGAAGAAUAUUGGAGAGUCAGAAAAUGAAGUCUUGAAGCUAAAGGAAGAGCUACAGAAGGCAAGAAGUGAAGCUGAUAAGGCUAAAAAUGAACUGGAAGCUGUUGAAAAGAUAAAAAAUGAAAUGGAACAAGCAAAGAAAGAGCUAGAAGAUUCCAAAAGUGAAAUAACGGCUUUGGAAAAUGCUAAUGAAGACCUGAAAAAUGCUAGAGAUGAACUGCAGGCGUUGACAAAUGAACUAGAAGUCAAGAAAGAGGAAUCAGAAAAGGCUAAGCAACAUCAAAAUGAUGUAGAAAAAGAAUUGAAAGAAGCUCAAGAUAAGAUACAUAAGCUGGAAGCAGACAUUAAAAAGAAAGAACAGGAUGAAAGCCAAGCGAAAUCAGAAGAAGCCAGGAAAGCAGACGAGAAAGAGCAAAAAACUAAUGAAGAAGUAGAAGCACUAAAAGAGAUGGUUAAUAAGCUAGAACAGGACAAGAAACAGCUAGAAGAAGAGAACAUUCAGGCUGAAAAUAAAGUAAAAGAAGGCUCGGAAGCUGUUGGAAAGCUGAGAAUUGAAGUAGAAACUCUGAAGGAAUAUGAAAGUGAACUGAAUGCCCUAAAGGAAUUUGUGCGAAUCAGCUCGGAAAGCAAAGACGAACUAGAAAAAGAACUAAAGGCAAGAGAGGAAAGGGUUAAAGUGCUUGAAAAUGAACUAAUACAAAGUCAGGACAAGAUGGAAAAGCAUGAGAAGGCCGAUAAGGUCAAUGUAAAGCCUCUAGAACCAAAUCAGAACCAAUUGAGUGGUGAUCAUGACCAAGAUGAAUUAAAAUCGCAACUACAGAAGCUUCAAGAAGAAAAGAAAAAGGCACUAGAAGACAAGACAGGCAUAGAAAACAGACUAAAACAAGCUGUGGAACUGAUUAAAGGCCUCAAAAACAAGGUAGAGACCCUUCAACAGUCGGAAGAAGAACUGAACGCCCUGAAAAACUCGGUCAGGUUAAGCUCGGAUGCCAAGGUUCAACUGGAAAAGGACAUGAAAGCCAAGGAAGAGAGGCUAAAACAGCUGGAAAGUGAACUAAAGCUAAGCCAGGAGACAGUCAAAGAGCUGGAAAUGAAGGAAAUUGAAGAUGAAGAUAGAAUAAAGCUGCUUCACAAUGAUCUAAAGUUAGCUGAAGUCAAGAUUCAUGAGCUUAAUGAUACCCUAAAAGAAUCAGAAGCCCAAUUAGAGCCUCUGGAAGUUAAUGUGAUUGACCUGACGGAGAAGAUGAAGGUCCUACAAAAAGAGCUCGAGGAUAGUAAGGCAGCGCUCCAGAAGGCCGAUAAGUUGAACAGUGUUGAUGGUGAUCUAAAGGAUGCUGAGACAUUGGAGCAAGAGAAAAAUGUCAGAGACGGGAAGAUACAGGCUUUGGAGAUGGACAAAGAUAAGGUCGAUGCUGAGCUGAAGGCUUUAAAACAAGAAUAUGAACAAGUUCAAGAUGAGCUGAAGAAGAAAAAGGAGUUGGAGAAGGAGAAGGAGGAACUGGAAAAUGAGCUAACAGGCUUGAAAGAACGAUUCGAAGCGGUUCAAAAGGAUCUACAGGAGAAAGAAGGUAAAGAAGAGAAUGAUAAGGGACUAAAAGAUCAAAAGAAUGAGUUGGAAGCAAAGAAAGAUCAGUUGGAAGCUGAGAAAAAGCAGCUGGAAGAUGAACUUGAGGCUUUGAAAUCAAAGCUAGAACAAGCUCAAGUUGAGUUACAGACGAAGAAUGAGCUAGAAGAGGCCAAGAAUGAAUUAGAACAAGCCAAGAAUAAGCUGGAAGAAGAGAAAAAUACUUUAGAAAAUGAAAAGAAAGCCUUAGAAGACGGCAAAAAUGCGGUUGAAAGUGAACUGAAAGCUCUGAAAGAACAAUUUGAAACGGUUCAAGGGGACUUACAAGGACAGAAUGAUGUAGUAAAAGCUAAACAAGAGUUGGAAGAGCAGAAAAAUGAACUGGAAAAGCAACUAGAAGAGCUAAAGGUGAACUUUGAGCAUGUUAAAGCCGAUCUACAAAAGAAAAAUGAACUGGAAAUGGCAAAGAAUGAGCUGGAAGUAGCCAAGAAGGAGCUGGAAAUGGACAAGAAAGAGCUAGAACAAAAAAUGAUUGAACUAGAGCAACAGAAGAGUGAGGCGAUACAACAAAAUAAUGAAAUACAAGGCCAGAAAAAACAAGUAGAGGAUGAGCUUCAAGCCCUCAAAACUCAGUUUGAAGCAGUUCAAGUUGAUCUACAGAAGAAAGAAGCGAUUGAAAAGGAAAAGAAAGACCUAGAAGUCGAGAAGAAUGCUGUAGAAACGGAGCUUCGUGAUCUGAAAAAGAAGUUUGAACAAGUUCAAGUUGAGCUACAAGAAAAGAAUGAAUCCCUAAAGCAAUUGGAGAACUUGAAGAUUGAGUUGGAAGCUGUAGAACACGAGAAAACAGAAGCAAAAGAAGAAUUGAAGGCAGCAAAGGAAGCGUUAAAGAAUAAAAUGAAAGAAACUGAAGAGUUGGAGAAGGUUCAAAGAGAACUUGAGAAGGCUCAGAAACAGCUACAAGAGGUGCAAGAGGAACAGAAGGAGAAUGUGGAAAAACAGAAUGAAGUAAAGAAUAAGUAUGAAGAGUUGAUCAAGACGAAUAAAGAAACAGUUCAACAGAAUGUAAAGCUACAGAGUCAACUUCAAAGCGCUUACCUGGAAUUGGACGAUUUGAGUCGAACCAAAGAGGAAUUGAGCCGGCAAAAUGAGUUGUUUGUUAGAGAGAGGUUGGAGGGCUCGAAGGUAGGGUUAUGUUAAUUUAGGACACGGAAGGGUAUGAUAGGAUAGGGUAAGGUAAGGUAGGGUACAGUAGUAUAAGAUAGGGUAAGAUAAGAUAUAGUGGGAUAAGGUAUGGUAUGAUAGAGUAGUUUGGGGUAGAGUAAGGUAUGGUGAGAAAGACAAAAUAGAGUAGGUAACAAGCUUGUAAAACCUUUUUUUAAAUCAAAAUUUCACUUCCAGGAAACCGAAGACACCCGCCUCCAACUCGACCAAGCGCACGAACACAUUGAACAACUCAAACACGAACUGAAUGAACUUCAAACAACAAACGCUGAACAUGAACAUCUAGCCACCGAUGUGGAACGCCUAGAACAGCAACUCAAAGACUCAGAAGUCGCGAAGUCUGUGGCAGAGAAAGAGUUGGAAAAGUUGAAAUCGACCAAAGUUCAAGCCGAAAAUGAAGUUUCGACAUUUAAAAACGAAGUUCAAGUCAUGUAUGGUGUGGUUCAGAAGGAACAGGAGAAGACGAAACAACUGGAGAGAAAACUGAAAGAAGUGAAUGAAAAGCUAAAAGAAGCGGAAGAAAAGUUGGCUGAAAAGGAGCACGAAUCAGAAGAAAAUGGAUGGGACAAUGAGGAACCGGAUGGAUUGGUAAGGGGGUCGAUUUGCUGAAUUUAUGUGUUUUAGGGGGUGUUUUUUUAUAUUUUUUAGAGUUCUAGGGGGGGGUUGAUAAUUUUGAGCUUUUGAGGGGUGUUUUAUUUUUUUUUGGAUUUAGGGGGUGUUUUCAUAAUUUUUGGGUUUUAGGGGGUGUUUUCAUAAUUUUUGGGUUUUAGGGGGUGUUUCCAUAAUUUUUGGGUUUUAGGGGGUGUUUUUAGGUUUUUUAAUGUUCUAGGGGGUGUUUUUAUAAUUUUAGGUUUUAGGGGGUGUUUUUGUAUUUUUUGGGUUUUAGCGGGUGUUUUUAUACUUUUUUGAGUGGUAUUUUUAUAUUUUUUAUGUUCUAGGGGUUGUCUUUAUGUUUUUUUUUCGUUUUUUUUAAAUAAAAACCUUAGGUUUUAGGCUUGUAUAACGUAAAAUUUAGAAUGUUUUAGUGGUUACGGACAAAGUUUUCAAAUUUUUAAUUAUUUGAUUAGUUUGAAGUUUUAAAAUUUGCUCAAUUUUCAGCUCCGUGAUGAGGUCGAGUCUUUGAGGAAGUACAAUGAAACCCUGAAGAAGGAGCUUCACGAAAGCCGCGAACUGUUGGCCUGCGUACGACACGAAGGCCCACCACUGGAAUAUGUCCAGAAUAUUGUAUUUAAAUACCUGACGACUAGGGACAACCUAGGCAAAGGCGCUGUGGUAAGUUUUUAAUUAUUUUAUAGGGUUGUUUUGGAAAUUUAAGGGGAAAAUGAGAUUGGAAAGAAAGUUUUUGCAAUUUUACGUUUUGUAAAGAAAGUUUUUUCAUUUAUCACUUUUAAAAAAAAAGUUUUUCUAUUUUGUGUUUUGUAAAGAAAGUUCUUGUCAUUUUUUAUUCUUUAAAUAAAGUUCUUGCAAUUUUAUGUUUUGUAGAGAAAGUCGUUGCAAUUUUUAAUAUAUAAAAAUUUUUAUAAUGUAAAUUAUUUUUCAGCCCCUGGUCAGAGUAAUAGCGGCAGCGACGGGAAUGAGCGAUGCCCAAACGGCCGAAGUGAUCCGAAGCGAAGAGAAGCGCGUCAACCAGCUGACUUCGCUACGAUCGGCCGUCGGCUUACACUAG